ACACACACACACAUAUACACACACAUGCACACGCACACUUCACUACAGUCCAGAUAGACGCGAUCCUGUCAUUAACUCCUAUAUCUUUCCUCACAACAUCUCCAGAGACUUCAUUCUGACUCUGCGGUCAUGGGGAAAGGCUUUUAUAUCAGUAAACCUCUUGGUUUUGUACUACUUGCGUUGGUCGUUGGGUCCCUGCUUACCAUCCUUGGCUUAUCAGUAGUUUACACUCAAGAAAAACGAAGAAAUGAGGAAAAUAUCGUGAUCGAGGCGCGUAUGGUGACGACUUUUGCACCCUACAGCACUUUAAUACCAUCAAAUGAGCCCUGGGACAAACACAGACUGCCUGAUACACUUCUUCCUGAAUACUACAACAUCACGCUAUGGCCUCGGUUGACGAAGAAUGAUUUGGGAAUGUAUAUUUUUACUGGUAAAUCUGGAGUGGCGUUUUUGUGUAUGAAGGAGACCGACCUGAUCCUUAUUCAUUCCAGUAACCUCAACUUCAGUUUGACGGCGGAGAUGCACCAUGCAAAGUUGAUGGGAUUGAGUGGCACAAGAGCUCCGGUCAUAUUGAAGACCUGGUUUGAAAGCCAAACAGAGUUCAUGGUGAUUCAGCUCAUGGAGAAUCUACAAGUGGGGAAGUCCUACUGGCUCUAUACUGAAUUUCGUGGAGAGCUGUCGGAUGACCUAGGAGGAUUUUACAGAAGUGAAUAUGUUGAAAAUGGGGUGAAAAAAAUUGUCGCCACCACACAGAUGCAGCCCACCUUUGCCAGGACUGCUUUUCCUUGCUUCGAUGAGCCCUCAAUGAAAGCCGUUUUUCAUCUGACUCUCAUUCACCCUCCUGGAACUGUGGCUCUGGCUAAUGGCAUGGAGACAGGCACUGAAAACACCACAAUAGAAAAUCAGGAGGUUUUACAGACCAGAUUUGAGCCGACUGAAAAAAUGUCCACAUACCUGCUGGCCUUCGUCGUCAGUGAAUUUACCAGCAUACAAUCCCCACCAGGAGUUAACAACAUUCUGGUCAGAAUUUGGGGACGUAGAGAAGCCAUCGAGAACGGACAGGGAGAUUACGCCCUAAAUGUUACAUUCCCGAUUUUGAAGUAUUUAGAAAGCUAUUACAACACCACAUACCCCCUGUCCAAAUCAGACCAAAUCGCUCUGCCUGAUUUUUCCGCUGGAGCAAUGGAGAACUGGGGUCUGGUCACAUACAGAGAAGCUUCUCUUUUCUACGAGCCGAAAUCAUCCUCUCAUGAAGAUAAAGAAUGGGUGACCACUGUAAUCUCACAUGAACUUGCCCACAUGUGGUUUGGUAACCUUGUGACCAUGAGAUGGUGGAAUGAUCUUUGGCUCAAUGAAGGCUUUGCAAGUUAUGUUUCAUAUCUCGUAGCUGAUUAUGCUCAGCCUACCUGGAAUAUUAAAGAGCUGAUGGUCCUGCAGCAGGUUUACCAGGCGUUUACAGUCGACGCUCUUGUGUCCUCACACCCUCUGUCUUCCCGAGAGGAUGAAGUUAACACCCCGCACCAAAUCGAAGAGCUGUUUGAUGUCAUAACAUACAGCAAGGGGUCUGCAGUGCUGAGAAUGCUGUCUGAGUUCCUGUCAGAGUCCCUCUUCGCUAAAGGACUUCAUAACUAUUUGCAAGAGUAUGCAUACAGCAAUACAGUGUACACAGAUCUCUGGAAAAAACUGCAGGAAGUUGCAGACUCUGAUGAAAACAUCCAUCUCCCAGCCUCAAUAAAUGAAAUAAUGAAUCGCUGGAUUCUUCAGACAGGCUUCCCUGUUGUAACUAUUGACACUCAUACAGGAAGCAUCUCUCAGCAGCACUUCCUGAUUGACCCAGAGGCAGUAGUAAACAAAUCAUCUGAAUACAAUUACGAGUGGUUUGUGCCCAUCACAUGGAUGAAGAGCGGUAAAAACAUGGGCCAGUACUGGCUCCUUAAUAAAAGCACUUCAUAUGAGCUCAUGAAGACAGAGACCGACUGGGUACUGGCUAAUCUGAAUGUCACGGGAUACUACAGAGUUAAUUAUGAUUCCCAGAACUGGGAACGUCUCAUUACACAACUGACUUCAGAUCAUCAAGUUAUUUCAGUUCUCAACAGGGUUCAGAUCAUCGAUGAUGCAUUUACUUUGGCGAGGGCAAAGAUUCUCAACAUAACCAUGGCCCUGAGAACAACCCAGUAUCUCUCAAAGGAGAUGGAGUACAUACCAUGGGAAUCUGCCAUAAGAAAUCUGGGAUACUUUUUUCUCAUGUUUGACCGAACAGAAGUCCGCGGACCUUUGGAGGCUUACCUGCGGAGAAAGGUGGAACCACUUUUUCAACACUUCAAAGUCAUCACAUCAAACUGGACUCGGAAACCUACGAGACACACGGACCAAUACAACCAGUUGAAUGCAAUCACAAUGGCCUGCAAAACUGGAGUCAAAGCAUGUUCAGAGCUCACCAGCAUGUGGUACCGACAAUGGAUGAAGAACCCGAACGUCAACCCGAUUCCUCCAAAUCUGAAGACUGUUGUGUACUGUAAUGCCAUUGCUGCUGGUGGUGUCAAAGAGUGGGAUUUUGGAUGGGCGAUGUACAAGAACAGCACUGUAGCUACAGAGGCUGCGAAACUGAUAUAUGCUCUGUCCUGCACUAAAGAGCCCUGGCUGUUGAACAGAUACCUGCAAUACACAAUUGAUCCAAACCUGAUCAGGAAGCAGGACAUCAGCUAUGCCAUUGUGUAUAUUGCCGGCAAUGUAAUUGGCCAGCCCCUGGCUUGGGACUUUAUCAGAUCCAAAUGGCAACUUAUGAAAAAAGAAUUUGCAGUCCUGAUCAAGGGCACCGCAAAAACGUUUUCCACAGAAUUUGAACUGCAACAGUUACAACGAUUCAAAGAAGACGUUGCAGCGAGUGGCGUUAGUUUGGGCACACAUGCAAUAGAACAGGCCAUCGAGCAAACCAAAGCCAAUGUUAAAUGGGUCUCUGAAAACAAAGCGCAAGUGAUGGACUGGCUGAUCCAACAGUCAGCCUGAAUGCAUUCUCUCAAUCCAAACAUUUUUGCUAUUAAAUAUUUUCCGACUAUUUUAUAGAUUUAUAUAAUUUUGAAAAUGAUUACACAGAAAAGUUGUAAGCAAGAUGAUCUUUUGUUGUGUGCACUUGAUUAAAAUAAAAAUGAAAAAUGUACAUAUUUUGCUGUAUUUUAUGACUUGCCUUCCAUCACUCAAUAUGUAUAUACAGUAUGUGUGUAUGCAUU